AUGGCUGAUCGUCAGCGGGUUCCUUACCAAACUCCGUCGCCGAGCCCUCAUAGGUCUCCUUCACAUAGAAGCCCUGACAUAUCUCCGCCAGGGGGUGGUUUGUCUAGAUCUUUACAAUUAGAUCCUCGUGUUCAGAAGACUUCAUCCUCUUCGGAUCUGAGAGCUUCGUCUAUCAAGAUAGGAGAUCAACCGAAGGGUCCUCCUGGCUCUAGGUAUGCCGUUACUCUUCCCUCUGCUCAUCCGCGUGUCGGGCCAACAAAUACACCGACUCCUUCUCCUCAUCGUGCUGAACCGCUGGAUGUUCCACCUCUUCGUUCCGUUGCCCCACCUUCGAUGCCCCACCAGAGGCCUUCAGCUCCACCUCCAGUAGUCCCUACUAAAGGAAAAUCUACUAAGGGUACUGCUUCGAAGACUGAUUUAUCAAAGAAUCCCCCCUACUAA